AUCUCCCCAUGGAACACAAUGUGGGGGGAGGCCUCAAAAAAGAAAGUGAAAGGCAGUGCAAGCAAACUAUGCCAUGUUUGGAAGCUUAAGGCUGCACAGGACCUACUGAUGAAGACACACGAAACAGAGAACCUGAGAGUCCACUUCUUUCUUGUGAAUACAAGUGCCAAGGGAAUAAGAGUGUAGUAACAAGGUGUUGUUGGCAUCAGAUAAUAUCAUUUGCAUCUGGCUUCUGGUGACUGACACUCAGCGUUCCCACUCUUCAAUUGGUAUUGUGUCAUUGCAUCUUGUACUGCCUGCCUCCUCCAACCUCCCAAGCUGCUGGAAGCCCCACUUGUCUUCACAUGGAAUUAAUCCACUGAUGGAGAAAAAGUAACAAGGUAAAGAAGCUAUGGGCCAAUUGCUCGGUGGAAGGAAUAGGCGGGUCUUCCGGGUCUCUGGAGGAAAAGAGACUCAAGGAGAAGAGACAGAAGUCGCCAUACUUUGGAGAGAGAAGAGCCAAACAGCCAUCUCCCUGCACAGUCCUUCAAGCUCAUCUCCUGCCUUCCCAGGUGGACAAGAGGAAGCACAAAGAAUCAUCCAGGGGACACCAGGGACCCAAGCUCAGAAUCUGCCGAAGCAUAACUUCAUCAUUGAUCCUAUUCAGGGUAUGGAAGCUGAGGGUUCCAGCCGCAAGGUCACCAGGCCACUCUGCCUGGGAGUCAAGGAGGACUCGGAAGAACAGCAUGAUGUGAAAGCAGAGGCUUUCUUCCAGGCUGGAGAGGGGAGAGAGGAGAAAGGUGCACAGGGCCAGCCUGGAGUGAGAGCAGUAGAAACAGAAGGCGAAGGAGAAGAAUUAAAUGGAGGAAAAGGCCACUUUGGUCCUGGGGCUCCAGGUCCUGUGGGUGAUGGGGACAAGGAUAAUGGCACCAGGGCUGGUGGUGUGGAGCAGGAACGAAAUGAGCCAGUUGCUGAGGGCACUGAGAGCCAGAAGAAUGGAAAGCCUGGGGGUAGGCAGAUGCCCCUCCAGGGCUCUAGGUUCGCCCAGAAUCGACUGAGGGAACUGGAGUCCAUUUUGCAGCGCACUAAUUCCUUUGAUAUCCCAAGGGAGGAUCUUGAUAGACUGAUGGAUGCCUGUGUGUCCAGAGUGCAGAAUUGGUUUAAGAUCAGGAGGGCUGCGGCCAGAAGAAACAGGAGGAGGGCAACACCAGUCCCUGAACAUUUUAGAGGAACAUUCGAGUGUCCUGCUUGUCGUGGAGUAAGAUGGGGAGAAAGAUGCCCUUUUGCAACACCAAGAUUUUGAUCACAUAUGCCGGCUAUGACAGCCCUUACUUUUCAAGAAUUCUGUCAGCAAUAAAGAGGUGGAUUCCCAGUAUGUUUGUUCCAUUACC